AUGUUCCAACAAGUGAACGUGAUACUACUUGGAAUCGACCUAAUUCUUAUUGCAUUCAUCCACAAGGAACUUAACUCGCUGCCUCCGCUCCACAAGACACUCUCAACAAUAAUGAGACUGAAUAUGUCACGAAUGGGAUGUUACGUCAUUCUUGCCUUCCUACUGGUUGCAGGGCCACUUGUGGCAAUAACAGUGACCAUUAUGCUGACGAAGAAGCAGGUGUUCAGCGAGGUGAAGAGUCCACUGGCAUCAUACGCAAUCAUAUACAAUAUUCUUCUUCUAUCCUAUCUCAUACGAGUAUUCAAGCAACUGUUCGCAUUCUACACGAAACUGGCUCUUAGUGACACAUUCUACUUCUACAUAAGAGUGGCCAAGUACAACAACAGUCUACUGAGCUAUCUAGUCCAGUACGAUAUGACAAGUUCAUUGGUUAUGCAUGCAGCAGUAUUUGUGGGGCUGUUUCUGUUGGUUGAGCUGGCUGUGAUACGAAGACUGAGCACGACGAAUGCAGGUGCAUGGAGCUACGUCAAGAGAAACUGGCCUGCGAUACUCCUUGUGGUUGCAACACUAGUAGGAUACGGAAUGGUGAUAUACCACAUAGAAAGGGGCGUAGAGAUACACGAGAUCAGUCUGGGGACGUCUGUCUCGAUGGUAUUCAGCAGGUUCUACGAGGCUCUUCUCAUCAACGCCCUUCUUCUCUACAUCUACGCCGUCGUAAUCACAAAUGACCUAUGA